GCACUGCAGCCUGGGUAACAGAGUGAGACCUUGUCUCUAAAAAUAUUUUAAAAUAAAAGUGGUAUUGUUCCUACUCCUGGGUCAAUAUAAUAGGCUCAAAUAAUGGGACUCAGCUCAUAAAUGGAGCAUUAAUAUUCCAUUAAGACACAGAAAAAAAAUCAAUGUAGACGGAUGGCAUCAGGACUGUUUCUUUUCCAGUCAUUCUAAAGCUGAUUUUAAUUGUUUUGGAAAUGAAGUAGAUAGAUAUACCGUCUUAUGUGAAAUGCCCUAUUAGUAGGGGACUGCAGCGCCAGAACAGUAUCUGCGAGGAGGGAAAAAAAACUUAAAAGGUCAUUUGGCCCAUCAAGAACCCUUCUGCUUCGAAUUCUUUGAAAUUACGUAGAAGCUAAAUAUCAUUCUGCAUGUAAGAACCGUGUUCUUAGUGUUAUAUACAAACACUAUUUUUAGAACGUCAAUAGCUCAAAAGGUCUGAAUUUUACUGGAAAAGAUAUUCCGUGAAUGAUGUGGUCUCCUCAGCGCUGACACCAGUUACGAUUCUCGAAAUCUAGGGACCACCAGUGACUGAAAACGGCGGUUCCUGUGUCAGAGGGUGUCAUCCAGCCCUUCCCUCCUUGCACAGACGGUGACGCGCAAAGCCAGAGAGACAAGUGACACCCCCGAGGUCGGACGGAGUGAGAUUGUACCGGAUCUGUCUGUGUUCGAGUCCAGACGUCUCAACUGCACGCAAGCCUGGCAAAGCCGAGCGGAAUAAUCAGCCAGCUUGUUCAGGCGUCUACACGACCACUUCCUACGGUUCGCUGGAGCCUUUCCUUAGGUCUACAUAACUCGCUAAAGACUCCUUAGUUGAGACAAAAAAAAUGCUCCUUUCACAUACCUCAAAUUUACUGAGAAAACGGAUAAGAUGCCACCGACGCUGGCAUCACAAGGUAGCACAAUACUUCCCCGCCUACCUGGGUCAGUCUUUUGAGACCACAGCGUGCGACGUAAGAGCCACAGGGAAGGUGUGAGGGCAGCAGCGGCGUGUGGGGCGUGCGCGGCGGGUGACGGUAAAUGUCCCGGCUUCUCUGCAUUCGCCGUCCCCUUUACCUCACAGAGGCAGAAAAUGGGGCUCAGACAGCUCGGAAAGUGUCGGGAAUUCAGUUCGGACCUCAGGGAAAAAUACCGCACGGGAAGAUUUGAACUUCGCGCGCGCGCUGGGAGGCGCCAAACACCGUAUUUUACCUCAGGGAGCCUAAGGCGGCACCGACCGGAAAUUCCCUUGCCCCUAACAAAGAUGGCGCCCGAUGACGUAGACCAAUCAGAUUGCUCUGAGGCCGGGCCGUGUUCCGUUCUCUCCCCACACCGAGAGUUCUGACGUAACCAAUCAAUGCGGCCCCACAGCCGCGUGCGUCUGACGUCAGGGCCGGGGGCGGAGUCCAGUUGGAAUUUUGGCGGGUCUCACUGUAGACCGGGAAGAGGGGCCAGCGUGGCCAAGAUUUUUAACAUUACUUAUCUCCUGGGCACCAGAGCCUCCUUUGAAGUUUCCUGUCACAAGUGUCCUCUUAACAGCAUGGAUGGGGAGGAAGAUGAUCUGUCUUUGCUGACCGCACUGCUGGAGGAGAACGAAUCGGCCUUGGGUUCUAAUUCAGAAGAGAGUAACUCCUUGAGCCAGGAAGAUGGCGAACCUGACACCUUUGAUGAGCUUUUUGAUGCUGACGGUGACGGCGAGUCCUACACAGAAGAGGCUGAUGACGGAGACGUGGAGAAGGCUGACGACCAGAAGGAAAAUCUGGCCACUCUCUUUGGAGAUACCGGGGACUUAACAGAUGACGAAGCUCCUGCAUUGACACUCGCUCCUGCCCCCCGACAAGAGAAAACAAAUCAGGAGUUACAAGAUGAAUUAAGGAAGUUGCAAGAGCAAAUGAAGUCCUUGCAAGAACAGCUCAAAGUAGCAACAAUUAAACAGGCUGCAAGUCCAGCCCUUCCGUGUAACCCCCAUACGUGCAUGCAUUUGUCUGGGAAAAAUGGGGCUUGCUUUAGAGAAAUGACAAGACAGUUUGCUCCUUAUCCUCCAGAAACUUAUAGUCCCGAAGAUUUGGCUGUGGAUGAACAGUGUAGCAAACGAUGGGGUCCAGGGCAAUCCAAGAUUUUUAACAUUACUUAUCUCCUGGGCACCAGAGCCUCCUUUGAAGUUUCCUGUCACAAGUGUCCUCUUAACAGCAUGGAGAUAAUCUCCACGGCUCCCCUUAAGGAAAAGAAAGUUCAAAGAAUUCAGGAAUCAGCAUGCUUUUCUGCAGAGCUUGAUGUCCCUGUUCAACCAAGAACCAAGCGGGUGGCUCGGAUGCCAAAAGCUUCACCUACAGACCCCACAAGUUCAUCUUCGAGGAUGACAAGUGUACCCUCCCAACCACUGCAAACUAUUCCUGGGAACAAACCUAGUGGAGUGACUCGAGAUAAGAAUGCAGGGGCCCAGGGGAGCUCUGGGGAGACGUCUCAGACGGUGUCUGUGGAAGCCUUCUCCGGCCUGCGGCUCAGGCGGCCUCGAGUAUCCUCUACAGAAAUGAACAAGAAAAUGACUGGCCGAAAACUGAUCCGACUGUCUCAGGUCAAGGAAAAGAUGGCACGUGAGAAACUAGAAGAAAUCGACUGGGUGACAUUUGGGGUUAUAGUGAAGAAAGUUACUCCACAGAGUAUGAACAGUGGGAAAACAUUCAGCAUCUGGCGACUGAAUGAUCUUCGUGACCUGACACAGCAUGUGUCCUUGUUCUUGUUUGGAGAAGUUCACAAAGAGCUCUGGAAGACAGAACAAGGCACUGUCAUCGGGUUGCUCAAUGCUAACCCCAUGAAGCCCAAGGAUGGCUCAGAGGAGGUGUGCUUAUCUAUUGAUCAUCCCCAGAAGGUCUUAAUUAUGGGUGAAGCUCUUGACCUGGGAACCUGUAAAGCUAAGAAGAAGAAUGGAGAACCGUGCACACAGAUUGUUAACUUGCGCGACUGCGAGUACUGUCAGUAUCACGUCCAGGCCCAGUACAGGAAGCUCAGCGCCAGGCGAGCCGACCUGCAGUCCACCUUCUCCGGAGGACGAAUUCCAAAGAAGUUCGCCCGCAAAGGCGCCAGCCUAAAAGAACGGCUGUGUCAGGACGGUUUUUACUACGGAGGAGUCUCUUCUUCAUCUUAUGCAGCCUCAAUUGCAGCGGCUGCUGCUCCUAAGAAGAAGAUUCAAACCACGCUGACCAAUCUGGUUGUCAAGGGUGCAGACUUGGUCAUUCAGGAAACAAAACAAAAACUGGGAAUACCCCAGAAGAGCUUGUCUUGCUCAGAGGAGUUCAAGGAACUGAUGGAGCUGCCAACGUUUGGAGCCAGAAACUUGAAACAACAUUUAGCCAAAGCCUCGGUUUCAGGGAUCAGAGGAACCCCGAAAGCUGCCAUCCAGUCCAUCUCGGCAUCAGCCCUCUUGAAGCAGCAGAAACAGCAAAUGUUGGAGAUGAGGAAAAGGAAAUUGGAAGAUGCCCAGAGACGGUUUCUCCAAAGUUCCAGUGAAGCCAAGAGCCCGGCUGUGCCAUCCUCAUCUCGACAUCCACCUGCUCAGUCUCCUCGGACAGGGGCUGAGUUCCCCAGGCUGGAAGGAAGCCCAGCCACGUGGACGCCCAGGCUUGGGCGUGGCAUCUCAGAAGGGGAUGAUGUUCUCUUUUUCGAUGAGUCACCACCAACAAGACCAAAACUGAGUGCUUUAGCCGAAGCCAAAAAGUUAGCUGCUAUCACCAAAUUAAGGGCAAAAGGCCAGAUUCUUACAAAAACAAACCCGAAUAAUAUUAAAAAGAAGCAAAAGGACUCCCAAGACGUCCUGCAAGUGAAGGAGCGUGUUGAAAAGAACACCGCGUUUUCUCCCCAAGCUGAGGAUGAACUGGAGCCUGCCAGGAAAAAAAGGAGAGAGCAGCUUGCCUACCUGGAAUCUGAGGAAUUUCAGAAAAUUCUAAAAGCAAAAUCCAAGCACACAGGCAUCCUAAAAGAGGCCGAGGCUGAGCUGCAGGAACACUAUUUUGAGCCACUGGUGAAAAAAGAACAAAUGGAAGAAAAGAUGAGAAGCAUCAGAGAAGUGAAGUGUCGGGUCGUGACAUGCAAGACGUGUGCCUACACCCACCUCAAGCCUCUGGAGACCUGUGUCAGCGAGCAGCACGACUUACACUGGCAGGACGGCGUGAAGAGGUUUUUCAAGUGUCCCUGCGGGAACAGAAGCAUCUCCCUGGACAGACUCCCCAACAAGCACUGCAGUAACUGUGGCCUCUACAAAUGGGAGCGGGACGGGAUGCUAAAGGAAAAGACUGGACCAAAGAUAGGAGGAGAAACUUUGUUACCAAGAGGAGAAGAACACGCCAAAUUUCUGAAUAGCCUUAAAUAGCCCUAACGUCACACAUUUUCCCACGACCUUCUCUUCUCCCUGUGGUUCUGGAAAAGCCAGGAACUGGUUCUGCGUCGCCCAUGUUCCCCACCGACACCGUCAAAAACAAAUGCUCGUUAAGCCCAUAAGCCGUGUCUGCUUACUUUGCUCCGUUGUGUGGGUUUGACACCAAAUUUAACAUGGACAUUAAUGGAAUGUGGAAAACCAACAUAUUGCUGUCUUUCCUGUUCUACAUUACUGCAUUCACACAAAUUUUUUACCCAGAAACUGAAAGGUAAACCAAGAGGUUUGUUUCUGUAUCUCUUGGUUAUAGAGCAUACACUCCUUUUUCUCAAUGAAGUUCUAUUGUUUAUAUGAACAGCAGUGUUUAUAUGGAUAAAAACAGAGGCAAAAACAUUCAUUGAACUUAACUCUCACCCCAGGUAAGAUACCUAAUUUCUGGGCUUUGGUUUCCUUAUCUGGACGAAGAAGAUUGGACUAAAUGAACUUGAAACGUGUUUUUCCACACUCAUAUUCUACAAAUAAUGUAACUUCUUUCCAUCUAAAUAAUUAUGAUCAUUGCCUUAAUGUAAUUUUGGUAAACUGAUAUUUCAAGCUAGGUUCCUUCUUUCUGUUCUAUUGUUACCUCUGUUUUACUCUUUGAGAGUGAUCAAGUUGCCAAACCACUUUGCACAGAGAACCCAGUUGAUCUGAAUGUUAUAAUCUUCACAGGAGAUUUUUUUAGUUUGCUGUGCCUUUUUCUGUUUAGAGGAAACGGCUUUUUAGAGAAAAUCACCGUUCUUUUGGGUUUUGUUAAAAUAAAAUAUAGUUUCCCUUUCCAAACAACAAAAGGAAAACUGGAGUAUUUUAGAUGAGAAUCAUCCAGAAUAGCAAAUAAGAAGCUUCUGCUAAGUGAUGUAGAAUGUUCCCCAGAGGGAAUUGGAAAUAUUAGAAGCUUGAGGUUGACUGGCAUAUAGCAAAGUUGAUAGGGAGAGGUUGUACGCAUUGGGUUUCUGUGUAGAAGUUGAUGAUGAUGGAAGUUAAGUUUAAUGUUUACAACAGGUGAAAUAUUUAAGUUUUUUAAAGGGCAGAAAGGGAUACACUAUAAAAUAUAAAUGUAAAAUAUCUUGCCCCUCAGUGCCAUAAUUCUGUACUGAGUACAUGAUAAACAACUGAACCUGAGUUAAUAAAAUUCAUAAGCUAGUGUUCUAGACCUCACUGCCUGAGAGUAAUGGGAUUAUUAUUUUUAUUUAGGAAAGUUUUUUAUUUGGGAGCGUACACACUACAUGAUUCAGACUCACAAGUGUAUUCUUUGACACUCAAAAGUAUUAUUAAAGUGCCUAAUGACAAGUUUAGAAAAAUACUGUUCAUUUUUGUUUUCAUAUGAAAUCAGUGUUCUUUCUAGAUACAUCCCCUCCAAACACUGCCGUUCUUAUAGGAAGCUUUUUCUUUAAGAAAGCUUCAUGAGGCCAGGCAUGGUGGCUCACACCUGUAAUCCUAGCACUCUGGGAGG